UCGGAUUUGGUGUCUGUCCCCCAUUUCCAAUUAUAGAUGGAUCAUUACAGACAGAGAAGUACUGAGAAUCCAGACAUCUGCUCUUCACAUGAAUGCACUCACCUCCUAGAGAACAGCCUGCCAUCAUGCUCUGGAAACUGGUUGAAAAUGUCAAGUAUGAAGAUAUCUAUGAGGACCGGCAUGAUGGAGUGCCCAGCCACAGUUCCAGGCUGUCCCAGCUGGGAUCCGUCUCGCAGGGACCCUACUCCAGCGCUCCUCCGCUCUCUCACACCCCAUCCUCGGAUUUCCAGCCGCCUUAUUUCCCACCCCCCUACCAGCCUCUUCCUUACCACCAAAGCCAGGACCCUUACUCCCAUGUCAAUGACCCCUACUCCCUAAACCCCUUGCAUCAGCCCCAGCAGCACCCCUGGGGACAGAGGCAGAGGCAAGAGGUGGGAUCAGAAACCGGGUCACUGCUGCCACAGCCUCGGGCCGCCCUGCCCCAGCUCUCGGGACUGGACCCCAGGCGGGACUACCACUCAGUAAGGAGGCCAGAUGUCCUCCUGCACUCAGCUCACCAUGGCCUUGACUCCGGCAUGGGGGACAGCCUUUCUCUGCAUGGCAUCGGACACCCAGGGAUGGAGGAGGUCCAGUCAGUUGAAGAUGCCAAUAACAGCGGUAUGAACUUAUUGGACCAGUCUGUCAUUAAAAAAGAAAGGCGCUGUCCGUUGUACAAAAGGCAUCGGGGGGCUCUGGGUGAGACACAGGCUCAAACCCGAAAGUUGCCAGUUCCGGUUCCUCCAAAAUCUGUUACUUCUUUGAUGAUGAAUAAAGAUGGCUUCCUGGGUGGAAUUUCAGUCAACACCGGAGAGGUGUUUUGCUCUGUCCCCGGCCGCUUGUCUUUGCUUAGUUCAACUUCAAAGUACAAAGUAACUGUGGGAGAAGUUCAGAGGCGACUUUCCCCUCCAGAGUGUCUGAACGCAUCCCUCCUAGGAGGAGUCCUUAGAAGAGCCAAAUCGAAAAACGGGGGGAGAUCUUUGCGAGAAAGGCUAGAAAAAAUCGGUUUGAAUUUACCAGCCGGCAGGCGUAAGGCCGCAAAUGUCACUUUACUCACCUCCCUGGUGGAAGGUGAGGCCGUUCAUUUAGCUCGGGAUUUUGGGUACAUCUGUGAAACGGAGUUCCCAGCCAAAGCUGUUUCUGAAUACCUGAACAGACAGCACACGGACCCCAGCGACCUCCACUCCAGGAAAAACAUGCUGCUUGCUACAAAGCAACUUUGUAAAGAAUUCACAGAUCUCUUGGCCCAGGACAGGACGCCCAUUGGGAACAGCCGGCCCACCCCUAUUUUGGAACCGGGCAUUCAGAGCUGCUUGACUCACUUCAGCCUCAUCACUCAUGGCUUUGGGGCCCCCGCAAUCUGCGCUGCCCUCACGGCCCUCCAAAACUACCUGACUGAAGCUCUCAAAGGCAUGGACAAGAUGUUCUUGAACAACAACACUGCUAACAGGCACACAUCUGGCGAAGGACCAGCUUUGCCCGCUUGGCUUAUGAGCUUCUUCAAAGAGGACUAGAGAUCCCUACACAAUAUAUCAGGUACAGAGAAAAAAAAUCCACAAUUCUGAUAUUCUGAUACUUUUUAUUUUUUUGCUUUUUUUUUUUGCUUUUUCAAAUCAAAGCCAGUUGUUACCGAAUUCUGUAGGUGCACUUCUUUAAAGAAGCUCAAAGGGAAUAAUUUGAAUGAGAUAAAAAUAUAAGUUGAAAUCGAGGUGUACUGUUGCAAAGAAAAUAAGAGCUGUGUUGAAUGUUACCGCACUUGCUUGGCACUAGGGUUUUGUACCCAGGGAGGAAAGGGUUGCCAUGUGAGCUGGCUCCUCGUGAUGGGAGCGGGGAGGGUUUGCCAGGGAAUAUCCUGAUUUCUGAGCUCAGUUUGAGGAAAUCUCUUUCUCUUAGAAAGCUUUUUUAAAAAAAAAUGUCUUGUGACUCUUUGCUUUUGAACAAGUCGGUGUGGUAAGGGGGGAAAAAAACUUCUUAAUUCCAAUGUUUUUUCUUGGUGGUUUGGUGUCUGACAGGAUGUCUUAUGCAUAUGAUUUGGGCUGAUGAGGGUGGAGGGGAAUUCUUAUUUCUUUCCUCUCUUUUUUUUUUUUUUUUAAAUUUUUUUUAACAUGCAUUUCUUUGUCUUCUCUGGUAAAAAUAACUCUGAAGUGUAAGGAUGUGAAUUUCUGUUUGGAUUCCGCUGUCUCGGGUACUUGCAUGUGUUUCUCAGUGGGGUAGGGUUCGUGCACUAACACAUCUUUUUGCUUAUGUCAGAACAGUCACUGGGUGUGGGUAAAACCUCCUGGAGUCACUGGCAAAACUCCAGAGGGGUCAGGCCUCCCCCCAGGAUCCCUGUUAAAGCUGCAGGACUCAAUCCCACCACCCCAAGCAGGCCCACCUGAACCCGAAACAAGAGAGAGAGAGAAAUAAAAGAGAAGCCUUAGCCUUGCUUUAAUUUCUAGAUACCUUCCAAAGUGGAUGGUGGGGGAGAAACAAUUCAGCAAUACUCUCAACAUCCCUCAACAGAAUUUUCUUAAAACAUAAAGCAAACAAUCCUCUUGUCAUCCUUAGUGUCCUUAGCUCCCCGAGACGUGGUUACACUUGAGGGCCUGCCCUGCUUUUCAUAUCUUUGUGCAGCAAGGUCUCAGCUCUUGUUCUCUAUUUGUGAUUUGGGCAUGUGUGUGGCAACAGAAACCCAGGAAUCAUCCAGCUCCAAGGAGCACUGACCCCUGUGGAGCUGCUCCUCACUCAUGGACCUUUGGUUCUUCUGGGGCAGAGUGCUAUAGGGGAUCUCCUGUGAGAAAAUGGGGGAGCUGAGGCUGGUAGCCUUCUCCAUGGGCUGUUGGGAUGAGUUGCAGGUAUCCUUAGACCCUGGCAUGUCCCUGCCAGUGGGUUUGGUUGUGGCAGGGAUUGGCACAGCCCUGAGGAUGUCACCAGAGGAGGUGUGGUGGUCAAUCCUCAUGGAUCCCUCACCAGCAGGUUGGGGACUCCCGGACUGAAAAGCAACCCCCAGGCAGCUCCCAGUCCUCCAAAACCUAUCCCUUGCCAACCACCUCCACUUUCAUCAGACCUCUAGGGAAGGGCAAUCCAGACUCCAGUGCAGGGCAUGUCCCAGCAGUGAUGUGUGGGACAGGGAGAGGGGAUGUGUGUGUAUCUGGGGAGGAACAAAUGGCACCACCCCAAAGCACAUCUUCCUUCUCUACCUGAUGAGAAUAUUCUGUUUAUUGAAGCAGAGCACAAGUGCUGGAUGUUGCUUUGUCUGCCCUCUGCAAACAGGAUUUUUUGGGCCCAGCCCUCCAGAAUCACCCAGUGGGGCUUUUGGGUGUGGGGAGCCCCCAAGUUGGCUCUCAGUCUUCCACCUCCCCAGUUGCACACACAGGCCUGUGGGGACCUGCUCCCUGCCACCCCAGAGCUUCCAGCUGAAGGCUCUGAGGGAAUGUUGGGAUGGUCUUCCCUUGUCUUUGGGAGAAAUAUUGGGAAUGCUCCUUUUAACUGCAGAAGGCAGUAAUCCCACCACCACUGUGAGUUAAUGAGAGGGAACCUUUAGAACUUCUUGGGGAAAGACCUGUUCACACGUGUGAGGGCCUCAUCCUGCUGCUGUUGAAAUCUCCCCUAAGCACAGGUUUGGUCACCUGGAUCAGGACCUAAACGUUGAGCAGGUUGAGGGAAGAGUUUCAAUCUGUCUCUCGUGCCUUCUACCUGGAAGAGACAGACUGCACAUGUCAGGCUGUGCAUCACUCAGGCAAAAUAAAGCCAAAUUCCCAUUGAUUGCAGUGGGACGUCCCCUAUUCGCUCCACAAAGUAUGGAGACAAAAUCCACGAGGUUUGCGAUUGAAAUGCAAACAGGGAGAAAACAUGACCUAGAAGCACAUAUCUCUGUUUUCCCUCUAGCUUAGUGCUGCUUCCAGAGGGAAAUAUCCAUUGCUUGGUGGCCCCUAUCAGUGCUGAGAGAGAUGUCCCCCCCAAACUAAACUCAGCCUCCCUCUGGAAGGCGUUUUCCUGCUCCCCCCCACUUUCCCAGCCUGACUACUUGUGUUGGCGGGGCACCUCAGACGUUUAUCUGAUAAUUGAGUUAUUAAAAGAUUUGGUUUCCUCGGGAUCAUAAAUCAAUAAACAGGAGGAUUAACACGGCAGCUUUGCUUUGUAACUCAAGGGAAAAGUUUGAGGAGAGACCGUGAAAAGUUUGUUUUCAAACCAAACAGGUGGGUUGCUGUAAAUUUUAUUUCAUUCUCAGUCUCGAUUUUUUUUUUUAAUAACUAUUCUCUAUUUGCCGUUGGAAAGAUCUUUGUUUUUGUACGCUCCCUGACCUUCUUUUUUUUCCUGGUUGUUAUUCAUACAAGAUGUGAAGGAAACAAGAAGCCAAUUUUAUGGGAAUCCUUUUACAAUCCGAUGAUUUCUUUAAAAUCGGGUCAUGUCUUGUCCCACCUAAUAGAAAUUCUCUGUGAGAAGCUGUUUAAAGUCCCUUUGCAUCCCAGACCAACCUCUCCCCAAAUCCCCAAAUUUGCAUUUGGGGCCGGGAAGGAGGGGGGGAAGGAUGGUUUUAAGACCUUCAGCUGUGCCCAAAGGGCUUAUUCCCUUUCCCUGCUCAUCUCUUUCUGACCGGUUUAUCAUACAGACCUGUCCGACUCUAUUUUAAUGCGUUUCUCGGAGAAUUUGGUGCUUGUUUCAUCUGCCGUAAGCGUUGCCAGAUCGAUCCGGCCAACCUCCCCCUCCCCUCCGGCUUCCCCGUGUGAGAGACCGUAGGCUUUUUACAAAUAGUAUAUUUUCUUAUACAAAGGGAAAAAAAAAUAAAAGAAAACAUCCCCAAACACACUGGCAAACGCCUGAACAUUGAGAGAGAGACGAAACACUGUGUGCCAGCGAGAUAUAAAGGAAAAAAAAAAAAAAAGCCCCAACAAAUGCAAAGCUCUGAAAAAGCAAAUGAGAAACUGGAAAGAUGAAAGAAAAAAUAAUAAAUUCUCCUUUUAUGCCCCAAACGAUCCUUUUCACCUCCUCUUCUUGAAAAAUCUGACCAUGCAGUGAGAAAUAUCAGUUUAUCGACUCUUCCUGAGAAGAAAUGCGGAGAGGCAUUCAGUAUUGAGUUUGUAUAUAUUUAUUUAUGCUUAAUUUAACGGGAAUGUGUAAAUAUGGCGAGCAAGUAGUUUUUGGGUUAUUUAUCUGUGACUCUAUACCUCUGUGAAUGGGUGGGGGAAUUUAAAAACAAAAAGUAUAUAAAAAAAAACAAACAAAAAAGAAAGAAAAAAAUAAAACCAACAAAAAAAAUAUCCCGCUUGACUAGAUAGUAUCCUAUCUGAAUCUUUUCUGUUCUUUAUAGACAAGCUGUUAUGGUAAUGGGUAGAAAUUGGUUUCUUGUCCAGUGAUGACCUGAUUUACAUAAAUAAUAAGAAUAAGAAUAAAAAAAAAAGAGAUUGUUGUGUUUUGUUGUAUUUUCCUCUUCAGUUUUUUUGAAUGUUGGUGCUGCU